ACCGUCUCCCUCGCGCUUCCCCUCUUUCACAAGUCUCAAGUCUCGACUCUCCUCGCUCUCUCUCUCUGCUUCGUUUUUCUGAGCGGCAAACCUACUUGACUGAUAAUGGAGAAGAAGAAGCAAAUCAAGCAAAUCAAUAGUAGUAGAAUAAAUUCUCAGAACAGAAACUUUCCUUUGCAGCCGAAGAAGAGCUUUGGAGUCGGCAUUGAAGAGGGUUCUUUCUUAGUUGGUAACGUAAUAGAGAAAGGAAUCUCAGAUGAUCCAUUCGACUCCAACCCCAACCGCAAGCAUACUCCAGGCCCUAAACCCACUGUUCUUCCCUUCCCAGUUGCCAGGCACCGCUCUCACGGACCCCAUUGGGGUCCAUUAGGCCAACAAGGGAAUGAUCAUCAUGAUAUUGAUGGAGAGGGCGGUGAGGACGAUGAAGAAGAUUAUAAUCUUGUUGACCCACACCCUAAUGCAGUUUUUGCCAAUCCAGUACAGAGGAAGGAGAAAAAGGGCUUAAAUUUUAGAGAGUGGGAAGAGCUAAAAUCAAGUGACAGUUCUCUGCUGAAAAAUAAAGUGAAAGAGAAUAGGUUAAAUUCUGCAACGUCUGAAAAACUUAGGAGGGAAAGAGAGGCAAAAAGUGGCCAAUCUCCGGCAGAUUCAAGUGCUUUACAUCCUAUGGAAAUUGAUAUAGAACCGAAUUCUGACUCUUGUGUGCUUGUGACUAAAACUGAGGGGAUGAUCAAUGAAAUGAGUUCUGGCUCCCUUGCUUUGACAGUGGAAAGGGAAUCAGAUAACUCACUUUACAUCCCAGUCCAGGAUAACAUUAGUAAUUCCUGUUCCAUCAAAAUGGAAGUUGAAGCUGAAUCUGCACCCAUAAGAAGGGAAAGUGGCGCAACAAGUUUGUCACGGCAUGAUAAUAAAGAAAUGCAGUUAAAGAAAGUGAAGGAUAUGGAUUGUGGAGAACUGCAUAUGGUGGAGAAACAAGAGCAGAGGCCAUCAAGUUCAACUCCAGUUUCCAGUUUGAAGUCAUAUGAACUUGGGAAUGAACAAAAGCCAAUAUCUCUUGAGAGUGAGAUUGAUUCUGAAAAUCGUUCUCGCUUACAAAAUAUGUCAGCUGAAGAGAUAGCAGAAGCACGUGCUGAGAUAAUGGAGAAGAUGGACCCUGCAUUGCUCAACUUACUAAAAAGGCGGGGCGAAGAAAAAUUGAAGAAGCAAAAGAGCUCAAGAGCAGAUAUGGCUAUCGGAAAGAAAUUGGACCAGUUUAGUGGCAAUACCAGGGAUGUUUGGACUGAGAGAGUUGAAGCUGUUAGAGAGUUAAGAUUUUCAUUGGAUGGGGAUGUUAUAACAAAUGAGAAUGUCCAGAUGCCUGACAAUGGCAAAAGUUCUGCUUACCAUAGGCAUAAUGCUGAGGAUGUCACUGAUCGUGACUUUCUCCGAACUGAAGGAGACCCCAGUGCUGCUGGCUACACAAUCAAGGAAGCUGUAACAUUAACUAGAAGUGUGAUUCCAGGACAACGAACGCUUGCAUUGCAUCUCCUUGCAUCUGUGCUUGAUAAAGCAAUACACAAUAUUUGUCACAACCUGGAAGGUUGUAACAUGGGAAGUGCUGGCAGAGUUGAUAGGUCUGCUGAUUGGCAAGCUAUUUGGGCCUUUGCGCUUGGUCCAGAACCAGAGCUUGCUUUGUCAAUGAGGAUGUGUCUUGAUGAUAAUCACAGUUCAGUAGUUUUAGCAUGUGCCAAAGUCAUCGAGAUCAUAAUGAGCUGUGAUUUGAAUGAGGUCUUCUUUGAUAUCUCAGAGAGGAUAGCAAAUUAUGGAAAACAUAUCUGUACUGCCCCUGUUUUUCGAAGCAAACCAGAUAUUGAUGCUGGUUUCCUCCAUGGUGGUUUCUGGAAGUACAGUGCUAAACCUUCAAAUAUUUUGCCAAGUGAAGAUUUCAUGGAUGAAGAGACUGAAGGGCAACAUACAAUUCAGGAUGACGUUGUUGUUGCUGGACAGGAUUUUACUGCAGGGUUGGUUAGGAUGGGAAUCCUUCAUAGAAUUCGCUAUCUAUUAGAGAUGGAACCUACCGCGGCUUUAAAAGAAUGCUUAGUUUCCAUACUUAUUGCAAUAGCGAGGCAUUCGCCAACAUGUGUAAAUGCAAUUAUGAAGUGCCAAAGGCUUGUUCAAACAGUCCAUGGAUUUACUGCAAAGGACAAUGCAGAAACUCAUCCUUUGGAAUUAAAAUCUGUUACCUUUUUGAAGGUGUUAGUGCUUUCUGACAGGAAAAAUCGUACUGAGUUUGUAAACAGUCGGUUUUUCCAUGCUGUAACAUGGCAUCUGUAUAAAAGUUAUUCUUCCCUAGAUCAAUGGGUAAAAUCGGGGAGAGAAAAUUGUAAACUUUCAUCUGCUUUGAUGGUUGAGCAACUGCGUUUCUGGAAGGUCUGCAUUCAUAAUGGUUGCUGUAUAUCGUACUUUUCUGAAGUCUUCCCUGCCUUGUGCUUGUGGUUGACUCCACCAACAUUGGGAAAACUUGAAGAGCACAAUAUUCUCUGUGAAUUUACUUCUAUCUCUAAGGAGGCGUUCCUUGUUCUCGAGGCAUUGGCUAGAAGACUUCCUAAUUUCUAUUUAGAGAAUGAUCAAACUGAUAAAAUCUCAGAUUGUGCUGGGGAUGGUUCAGAAACCUGGUCUUGGAGUUUCGUUGGUGCAGUGGUCAAUUUAGCUUUAAAGUGGAUGGUAUCAAUUGCCGAUUUUUUCAAGCAGAAAAUAGAAAUCCAAGGAUACCUUUUUUCUCAAGAUUCAUCUGUCACUCCCUUGUUGUGGGUACAUUCAGCUGCCAUGUUUAUGCUUUCUGGAGUGCUUCAACGAGUGAUCCCAGAUGGAGGAGUUAGCCUGCACGAAAGUGACAAGCAGUUGCCAUAUUUGCCUGAAUUUGUUCCUAAAGUUGGACUUCUAAUUAUUAAGCAUGGAGGUUUGAAAUUUAUGGAUUCUAAUGGGACAGAUGGUGCAGACUUUUGUGGAGGAAGCUCCUUCAUUGAAUUCCUAUGUUAUAUGAGACAACAACCUGAAUAUGAAAGGUCAUUAGCUUCUGUAAGUUGCCUUCAUGGUCUGAUUCAGGUAACAGUGGCCAUUGAUCACUUGAUCCAUUUAGGCAGGAAUGGGGUUCGGUGUCCUUCCCAAGAAAUCAGUUUAUCUAGAGAGGAGAAGAUACUUGAGGACGGGAUACUGAAGCGUUCGCUUGUUCAAUGGAGACAUGUGCUAAAUCUUUUUAUGAAACUGGUUGCAUCAGAAUGGAACUUUAUCCAGUCCAUUGAGGUUUUUGGUAGAGGAGGCCCAGCUCCAGGUGUGGGAGUUGGCUGGGGUGUCUCUGGCGGGGGAUUUUGGUCCGUAACUGCAUUGUUGGCCCAGACAGAUGCAGGCUUUUUGAUUGACUUGCUUGAAAUCUUCCAGGUGGUUUCUGUCAAGGAUUUACCUUUAGAGGAAGACAUGAUCUUUACCGCACAGAAAAUAAAUUUUAUAUUAGGAAUCUGUUUAAUUGCUGGCCCAGGGAAUAGGGUAAUUUUGGACAAGGCAUUAAGUAUUUUGCUUCAGGCCCCUGUGAUGAAGAACCUUGAUCAUUUUGUCCAGCGUUUUAUCCAAGCCAAUAGAACAAAAACAUUUGGGUGCCAGUAUACAGAGGAUGAUUACCGAUCUUUUAGUGUCAUUUUAGCUUCUCACUUUAAAGACAGAUGGUUGUCUGUAAAGAAAAAAAUCAAAGCUGUGGAUGCCAGAAGUUCUUCUGGCAGAAAAGCGAAGAAGAGUAAUGUUUGUCUAGACACUAUACACGAGCACUUGGACACAUCAGAUAUAAGAAGUCCUGAUCAUUACACUACCAAUGAAGUAGUAGAGUGGGCUCACCAGAGAUUGCCUCUUCCCAUGCAUUGGUUUCUUAGUCCUAUCUCAACCAUAUCCAACACUAAAUGUGCUGACCUUCAGAUGGUUUCUAAUGUACCAGAUCUUGUGCAGGAGCCCAGCCAUAGUCUUGAAGUUGCCAAAUGUGGAUUGUUCUUUCUUUUGGGUAUUGAGUCUAUGUCAACAUUCUUACCAGCUGAUGCCCCCUCCCCGGUUCAGGCUGUGCCAUUAACUUGGAAGUUACACUCUCUAUCUGUGGUAUUGCUAAUUGGAAUGGGUGUGCUUGAGGCAGAGAAGAGUAGGGAUGAUUUUGAAGCAUUGCAAGAGCUCUAUGGACAGCUUGUUGAUGAAGCAAGGUCUGCUAGAAUUGCUGAACUCAGAUUGGAGAGAGAAAAGAAUUUAACCCCAGAAACUAGGAAGUAUGACGUGGAAUUUCUAAGGUUUCAGUCAGAAAUUCAUGAGAGUUACGCUACAUUUAUUGAAACUCUAGUGGACCAAUUUGCGGCUAUAUCUUAUGGUGACAUGAUAUAUGGCCGGCAAGUUGCAGUUUAUCUACAUCGUGGCACUGAAGCUUCUGUGAGACUCGUUGCCUGGAAUGCAUUGGCUAAUGCUCGUGCUCUUGAACUUUUGCCCCCUCUAGAGAAGUGCUUUGCUGGUGCAGAAGGAUAUCUUGAACCUACCGAGGACAAUGAAGGUGUUUUGGAGGCUUAUGUGAAGUCAUGGGUUUCUGGAGCACUUGACAAAGCUGCAACUCGAGGAUCAAUGGCGUAUGCACUGGUUCUACACCACCUUUCAUCUUUUAUUUUUCUCCUCAAAGCCAAUGAUAAGAUAACACUGCGGAAUAAGCUUGUGAGGUCUCUCUUGCGAGACUAUUCCCGGAAGCAGAAACACGAGGAGAUGAUGUUGGAAUUUAUUCAAUAUAACAAGCCAUCUAUGCCCCAAAUGUCUGACCACAGCCAAGGUUCUGUACAACAAGGGAGCAUCAUUGGGGACAGGUUUGCUGUUUUAAAGGAUGCUUGUGAAGGAAACUCCUCUCUUUUGAAUGAGGUUGAAAAGCUCAGGUCUGCCUUUUUAAAUUAGAAAUAAUAAUGUAACUCAUAUGUAUAUGUAUAGGAGCAGUUGGAAAUAGAAAAGAAAGAAGAAAAAAGUAACAUGGAAGAUAUGUUGUUAAGGCGGACAUGAUCUUUUGCUUUUGUUUGUCUACCUUUUUUUCCCAGUUUUAUGUGAUUAUGCAUCUAUGUUGUCCCGUCGUCAUACAUUAUCUAUGGACUCUAGUUCAUGUCAGAGAGGCCUUUUGUAGCAUUGAUACAUGCCGGAACAGGGGUGGCUAGGGCUGCCCCCGCUGUAGCCCAAUUUUGGGCUUUUUAAUUGAAGUUUUAAGUGUGUAGUAUUGAGUCUAACGAAUCCAAUGAUGUAUUUUUAUUUUGAACUAAAAAUUAUUUUCAUCGCA